AUGUUUUCUAUCCAGUUAUCCGGCAGCAUCCUUGCUAUUGUACUCUCUCUCGCAUUCUACGUGCGCUGGAGACGGUCUCGAAAUGUGAACCCCAUGGGUUUGCCUCUCCCACCGGGCCCGAGGCAACACUUUCUCCUUGGAAAUCUAAGCGAUCUACCAACGGGUGGCUAUGAAUGGAUCAAACAUAAAGCACUGUCCCAGAGCUAUAGCGAUAUCGUUUUCCUCAAUAUAUUCGGAAGACAUAACCUAUUCAUCAACUCAUUCAAGGCGACAAACGAUCUGCUAGACAAGAAGGGAGCUAUAUAUUCUGAUAGACCCAGACUGCCAAUGGUCAAAGAACUUAUGGGCUGGGACUGGAAUCUGGUUCUGAUGUCUUACCAUGAAGGGUUUUCUGUGCAUAGGCGCAUUGUACAACAAAAUUUUCAGCCCAGCAUAGUUGCGCGAUCACAUCGACCGGUCAUGUUGCGAGAAGUGCGAGUGCUGUUGAAUAACUUGCUCGUCAAGCCCAACGACUUUACACAUCAUCUCAGACGCAUGGCCGGGGCAAUCAUAAUGAUGGUAACGUAUGGACACCAGAUAGGCGACGACGGCGACGAAUAUAUCGACUUGGCGGAGCAACUGCGGGACUUUGCUGACAGGCGUGCAUUCCGCGGGUGGAAUGUCAUGGUCAACGGUUUCCCAAUUCUUAAAUAUGUUCCCGCUUGGUUACCGGGCGCCCAAUUCAAGAGGGAUGCCCUUUUCGGCAAGCUACUCGGAAUUCGAAUGCGGAAUGCACCGUAUACGAUGGUCAAAGAACGCAUGGCUGCUGGUACCGCUGUCCCAUCUUUAAUCAGCUCUAUGAUUGAGGAAUCGCCCUCGAGUGGAAUAGACGAGGAAGUGAUCAAGAACUGUGGAGGCGUGAUAUAUAACGCUGGUGCGGAUACAACUGUUGCUGCAUUGACGAAUUUAUUUCUCGCAAUGAUGACGUAUCCUCAAGUCCAAUCGCAGGCCCAACGAGAGCUUGACAAAAUCGUUGGUAGAAGCAGGCUUCCCCAAUUCGAGGAUCGUGACCAGCUACCCUACGUUGGGCGGGUUCUCAAAGAAGUUCUUCGCUGGAAGGUUGUGGCUCCUCUUGGAGUUCCCCAUUGUACGACUGAGAGCGAUGAAUAUCGUGGAAGACACAUCCCACCACGAACAAUUCUAGGUAUCUCAUGCGGUGAUUGUUAUAGGGCCAUACUUCACGACGAAGCUGUGUACCCCAACCCCGAGACAUUUGAUCCUGACCGGUUUCUCGCGCGUGCUGAUAAGCCUGCUGAACCUGAUCCAUCUCGUGUAGCCUUUGGCUUUGGAAGGAGAAUAUGUCCUGGACGUUUCUUCGCAGACGAUUCGAUGUGGUUAGCAUUGGCCUCGAUUCUGCAUCUGUUCAAUAUCUCAAAGGUCAUGGACGCCCAAGGCCGCGAUAUCGAGCCCGAAGUGCACUACGGCUCGGGUUUGGUUAGUAUGCCUAGCCCUUUCGCGUGUACGAUCAAGCCAAGGUUCAUAGGUGCUGAAGAACUCAUUAUGAGUGCUGUUGAAUGA